GUCAGUUAGCCUUUGUGUGCAGAAGAAUCUCUGUGUUCAUCUGUUGCAAGAGUCAGAUGUGAUCUCUGAAAAAUAUUGUAAAGGAUAUGGUGACGAGUGUCCUCUUAUUUUUAUUACUGUUUCCCUUCAGGUUUCCUCCUCAAAUAUUCCACAGAUUUGCUUCAGCGACCAUAGUUCUAAACGACAAUGAAGAAAACACUGUCGUGGAAUUCCAAUGCAAAGCUCGUUUUUUCUCCUCCACCGAGUCAAACAACAGUCAGGAUGAUAAUAACACAAUGUCGGAAAUUUUAUGUUUUUAUGGCGCGCCAAAUGUGUGGUGGGACUUGCAAAGUCCCCAGACAAUCGUCGCGUUGAUAAUUCAAGACUGGCAAGAUGAGAAUCUCGAUGCCACGAGACUUCUUUUCACCAUCUCUCGGCUGCGUAGGUUCAGCAUUGAAAAUGGAAAUCUCAGUAGAAUUCUCACGCCCUUCCCGGCAACGGCUCAAUUUCUCGAGCUCAUUGAAAUCACGGGCACAAAGCUGGGACAGCUGACGGACAAGACUUUUGCUAAUCUUCCGGCUCUGCGGACUCUGGAUUUGCGAAACAAUAGCAUAGCGACGAUCGACCCUACGGACCUGACCAAGCUGCCGCAAUUGGAGUAUCUUUACUUGACAGGUAAUCAGUGGAGAUGCGAUCUGAGCUCGUCCUGGUUCGGCAACGCCACUUUUGCCUCGUUAGUUCGGAGAAUCGUAGAUAGGGAAGAGAUGCGUUGCCACGAACCGCACAAAGGACGACCACUCCUGCCAGUUAUGGAAGUCAUACAGCGAUUGGAAGGCGAGUGUCGUCUGUUGGUUGCCGGCUGCUCGUGCGAGCUCGUGUACGUCGUAAGCCCGAAACAGCCGCCGACGCGUCAGCGACAGUUCAUGGCUUUUGCCACUGUCAACUGCAGCCAUCGCGGUUUUACCGAUAUGCCAGCUUUCCUGCCGGCUGACACGACCACCCUCCAUCUCGAGGGCAACAAGAUCAGCGAUUUGACUCCACUGAAGACUAAUCCCGCCUACAGAAAGGUCGUGCAUCUCUACAUGGACAACAAUACAGUGGAGACUCUGGCUUUUCUCGACGGCGCGUACUGGCUCGAGACUUUUCAAGUGCUCAGCCUUCGAGGCAAUCGAAUGACCGACUUCCCGACUUACGCCUUCGAGAGCGUUUGGCCGAGCAAGAGCGUGGUAAGCCUCUACCUGGGCGAUAAUCCGUGGCGCUGCGACUGCCAGUUCACGCCGGGAUUCCAGGAGCUUCUGAUAAAAUACGGUGAUCUGGUGAAGGACGCGAGUGACAUAAGGUGCGCCUCGGGUAACACCGAAUUCGCCGACAAGCCGGUUCGCGAAUUAUCGAGGACGGAAAUUUGCGUGCCGAUGAAAAACGAUUACUGGGUGCAUCUGCUGGAUAUUCUUAACGUAUUUCUUGGUGGCCUGAUUUUUCUGCUCCUCUGCAACUUGCUCCACGAUUACUACUGCUACAAGAAGACCGGCAAGCUACCCUGGCUCGCGUCCAAGUUGCCCUGACGAGUGAACGCACCGCAGCCCGAACGCGCGCGCCCAAGCUUUUAACUAACUUAUUUGCGGCCUGGCUCUGUGCGAGUACAUCUGCGAAAGAGAAAGAGAUAAAGACGGAGAGGUAACUCGGCACACUUAGGAUGCAUAGAGCUCGGCAUUAACACCAGUAUUAUAUGCCCGAUCGCCGUUUCAACGUCAAAUAAAAUUUGACACUUGUCCAGUGAAAUGAAGAUUAGUAGUGUCAGCAUAGCUGACCA